AUGGUUUCUCUCUCUAGUGUAUCCGCCUCCAACUCUCUCAUCUCCCAGGUGAUUCCGGCCGGCCUCGUUGCCGUUUUCUUCGGAGGGACGAGCGGCAUUGGAGAAAUAACCGUCAAAACUCUGGCAAAGUAUGCGCGCAGCCCGCGUAUCUACAUUGUUGGCCGUUCUCAAGAUGCCGCCGAUCGCAUCUUGGCAGAGUGCAAAGCAAUAAAUCCGGCUGGCGAGUUCACCUUUAUGAAAGCCGAUGUGAGCCUCAUCAAAAACGUUGAUCAGCUCUCAAAUGAGAUCAAGGCCAAGGAGAAGUUCUUGAACUUGUUGUUCUUGUCCGCUGGAGUUGCGAAUAUUGAUCGAGCUCGUAGGAUCCCCAAGCAUCCGAAGACCAGUGAACAUCUCCACCUCUUGGCAGCAUUGAACUACUACUGCCGGGUGCGCUUUAUUCAGAACCUCCUGCCGCUCGUCCAGCAGGCGCCGGGUCUUCGUCGCGUGGUGACGGUGGGAGGCGGUGGGCACGAGGGCAACCUGGACCCAACUGACUUUCAGGCGCUGCGUGUUCCAGUUCCUGAUCUCCGCGAAUAUCUCACAACUCUAGUUACUCUCGGGCUGGAAAAUGUGGCGAAGGAUGCUCCAGAGGUCAGCAUUGUGCACAACUACCCCGGCACUGUGAAGACUCCGCUCUUGGACUCUAUGCCGGAUGAAGUUCUGAAGACUUUGACCUUUUUGCCCCUGGAAGAAUGUGGCGAGAGGCAGGUUUUCAUGGCAACCAGUGCCAAGUAUCCGCCUGUGAGCGGCCAGAACGCGGGGAUACCGUUGGUCGAUGGGGUCAACGUGGCGAUAGGUACGACUGGAGAGGAGGGUAGGGGGGUGUAUUCUGUGGGUGUGGAUUGUGAAAGUGCCUCCCCUACUGUACGCGAGAAGCUGGCUGGUUUGAGAGAUCGAGGUAUGUUGGACGAAGUUUGGCGUCAUACUCAAGGGGAAUUUAAACGGAUUAUGGAAGACGGUAGCCAGGCUUAG